CGGUGAUGAUUUCCUCUAAAUAACAGCACCUCCCUUUUCUUCGCCACGACCAUCAUUACACCUCCAUCAUGGACUGAAGAACUCCCCCUACUGUAAGUGAAGAUUACCCUUACCUGAAUGGACAGCCUUAUUUCUGAACACGAUCCCCUUUCAGUUUCCACUCAGCAUGCGAAAACAUGUUCUUUCCUUUUAUUUUCUUUGAGACACCUUUCACUAACAACACCAAAACGAGCUGAAGAAAAAUGGUUUAGUUCUCUCUGCACAAACUGCUUGUGCUCAGUCAGACACAUCCUGACUUGUACUAUUAAGCUUCUUGAAGUAAGUUUUUACCUUCUAAGCAACAUGUUCUUAGUUCUCGUCUUAAUGUUGGGCACUUACUUGCAGAGAAGACGCUGACAACAAAAAAGAAAAAGAAUGAAAGGAACCAUUGGCUCAGAAGAUAAAAGAAUCCAUUCUAAAUGUAAAUAACUGUUAAUCAGCUGGUCACGGCUGUGUGGAUGCUGUCAGUUUGCCUAAUUUGCAUUUAUCAGAAGCAUAUGAUCAGGUAGAAUCCCACCACGCCAUCUAAUCCAGAGGCGGUCUGGCUUUAAGACAUGUGAUACAGUCUUUACACUGAGCCAGGCUGCACGGGAACAUUUGUUUCUCAGUGCUCGCUGAGGGGGACUCAGCAAGAGCCGCUGCUCAGAGGCUGCCUCUCACUGGAAGGAUGCAGACGGUGAAAGAAGAGAUUCCACUACAGUUAAUUAAGGAGCACUCUGCACGUGCCUAUAAACGCGAAGGGGCAAAUGAAUUCAGUGUCAGUGGAAACAGCUCCUCCAGGGAAAGCAGUGAUAUUUCAAAGGUGGAACUGAAACAGCUGUAAAUCUAUUUCCUGACUCCGACUUGACGGUCAUUUUUGAAUCACUGGACUGUUGCUAUCAAAGUGUGAAGCAGGGAGGCAGAGUCACGGAGUUCCUUCCUCAAGCCAAAUUCAGAGUUACUGGAUGGGAUCAACAUGAGCAGAAUUAUGGAUGGAUUUAUGCCACUGUGUUGAGAUAUUUAUACAAUCUGUCUUGGGUUGCUCAGCAGAUGUGUCCUGUCAUGUCCUGGUUGCUCUGCCUGUGCCUCUGGGUCAGUGUGACUGCCAUUCAGCUGUGUCAGGCCACUUUCUAUGACACCAUCCAACAGCAUCAUGGGACGAGGCCUGGACGGACCACCAUUCACAUGAUUGAGGGAGGUACAUGUGAAGUAAUUGCUGCUCACAGGUGCUGUAAUAAGAAUCGCAUUGAGGAGCGGUCACAGACUGUCAAGUGUUCUUGCCUGCCAGGAAAGGUAGCUGGAACCACCAGAAACCGCCCCUCAUGUGUCGACGCAUCCAUAGUAAUUGGGAAGUGGUGGUGUGAGAUGGAGCCUUGCCUAGAGGGGGAGGAAUGCAAGACGUUGCCUGACAACUCGGGCUGGAUGUGCUACGCCGGCAACAAGAUCAAAACCACAAGGAACACUCAGCCAUACACAACAUCAACAUAUUAACACUGAGGAUAGGACGCAUGGGAACGCCUCUGGUGCAAAGGUUAAUUUGCAGCACUGUCACAGGACCAAUGAUCACAAAGACAAUGAACUUAAUGUUGCUUUAAGAAAUGUGAACACUUCUCAGAUUAAAGUGUAAAAAGAUGUAGAAUACAUAAAGCACAUCCUGCUCAAGGCUGCUGAAAGUACAGACACUCCAAGCUGGCUGCGGGGGCUCUUCAUCAUAACCUUAUAAUGAACAUAUUCUCAUCAUUUCUUUCAAACUUCAAGAUGGAACGUAAACGUGUCUGUGCGUCUGGAUGUGAAUAAGGACAUCCUCGUCCUCAGACAUCAGAAGACAGAUAUCUACAAUGACGCAGGAAACAGAAGAGAAGCACAUAAAAGGACUGGGGUUAGAAAGUACAGUAGUUAACAGCCCUCAGGUUUUAUUCUUUCUUUUCAGUAUAUGAAGAAAAAUAUUGUACAUAACUCGUUUGUCCUUUCUUGUGUACAAUAAUUUAACUUAUGGUGAUAGUGAAAAAUGAUCAUUCAAGUCCUUGAAUGCAGUCCUGAUCUUCCCUGUUUCUAUCCACAAAACCCAACAUAGCCAAAGUUUGGAGAGUUCAAGGUCAUGAUUUCAAAGGAUGCAUUGUGAGGGACAUGUUUUGCAAAAGUCCAGCUUGAUGUGUGUCUUGAUACUGUACAUUUUACCAUUUGUUUGUAUGAUACUUGUAUGCCUUGAUCACCUCUACAAUGGCUUUACCAGUCGAACGUGUCAGCUACCCUGAAAAUGAUCGAUUCACCAAAAAUGUGAUGCCAGUAGGUUGUUUUUCGAUACUUGAAAUGCCUUAUUUGUGUCAAAUCAUUCAAAUGAUGAUAGUGUACAUAUGAAGCCAUCGACUGAUAUGUGCUAAAGUUUCAUUAAAGUCAUUGUUCCUGUAA